AUGGAAAAUUCAACUAUGGAAAACCAAACAAGUUCGUCUGAGCUAACGAUCGAAGAACGCAUCGACGAUGCUUAUGACGCUUUAUUUGCUCUCUCCGACAUUACUGAUGCUAAAGAUUUUGAAAGCGACGAGUUGGUCGGCUCGGGAUCAGAUGAAAGUUGGGAAGAUAUUCAAGUUCCAAGUCCUGUGCACUCUGUCAGAAAAGAACAUAAGAGUGGCGAACCAUCUUACAAAGCCAUAAAACAAGCUUUGAUUCAAGCACGGGCUGAGUUGGAGGAACAUAAGAGAGGGGAGAAAAAGCGCGAUGAGACGUUAAUGGAAAUCAGGGGUUACUAUGCGAUUAUAAAAGCGAGAUAUCUGGCUCUGGAGCAGGAAAAGGAAGAUAGUCAAAACGCCCAACUCACUCCGCUAUCAACACCCAACGAUGAAGAAAACAUGAUCGAGACCCUGCAGAAGAAAUUAGUCGAGCAAAACGGGAAACUAAUUGUCGCCGAAUCAAAUGCUCGAUGUGAGGCAAGGGAGGCAAAACGUCAGGCCAAAGUGAACGCGAAGCGUUGGGAUAAUGCUUCCAAGCAAUAUCAAGCUCUUGCAGCAGAAAACGUGGCUUUGCAGCUGGCCAAUUCGAUCCAGAAAGAUACCGUUUCGGAGUUGCAGAAGAAAUUGCAAGAUCUCACUCCAACAACGCCUACCAAAAUCCAAGUCGCUUCUCCUGCUUCGGAGGACGAAACCGAGAGCUUUUCAAUGCCUCCGAUCAUUUCAAUUUGUCAAAUGUGCCAACAAGAGCUUCUCUCCUUGGGGGACAAUAUGAUCGACUACGUGCGUAACGAGCUCGACAAUGCUCUGCUCCUUCCAAUUUGCUGA